GUUGCUAACAGAGAGGUAGCGGGUAGGCUGGCUGAACGCAGGAUGACCCAUCUCCCCCGAGGCUUCAAAUCACUACAUCAUCAUCAGUCCCUCCGUGCAGUGGAACAGAUGAGAUUUCACUCCCAUCAAACAUGGAAGCACAGAGUGAGAGGCUGCUCCACCAAACGGAUAGUCUGUCUGGAUAACACCGUAGAAAACUGCGAUCUAAUGUUCCCAUGAAAAGUCAGCUGAUCGAUAGGUGCUGAUAUGUUCUGAAGAUGAGUGGCGUAGGAGACAACUCGUUAGAGCCGCUGUGCUCCGACCGCAAACGCAAGCUGUCCAGCUGCGACACGCCGGGUCUGGGGUGUGACAAGCGUCGGAGGGAGCAGGAGAGCAAAUACAUCGAAGAGCUGGCGGAGCUCAUCUCCGCCAACCUCUCCAACAUCGACAGCUUCAACGUCAAGCCUGACAAAUGUGCCAUUCUCAAGGAAACCGUGAGGCAGAUCAGGCAAAUAAAAGAGCAAGGAAAGAGCUCUUGCAAUGACGACGAUGUGCAGAAAGCAGACGUGUCCUCUACUGGUCAGGGGGUCAUUGACAAGGACCAUCUGGGGCCCCUGCUCCUGCAGGCGCUGGACGGCUUUCUGUUUGUGGUCAACCGAGAGGGCAGCAUCGUGUUCGUGUCCGACAACGUGACGCAAUACCUGCAGUACAAGCAGGAGGAGCUGAUAAACACCAGCGUGUACAACAUCAUCCACGAUGAGGACAGGGACGAGUUUCGCCGGAACCUGCCCAAGUCUAGUGCACCAAACGGGGCACCCUGGGGUGGAGAUGUGCCCCAACAGAAAAGCCGGACCUUUAGCUGUCGUAUGCUGGUGAACCUGGUUUAUGGUCAGAGUCACGGGUUGCCUGAAGAGAGGCCAGGCAACCAGCGUUACGAGACGAUGCAGUGCUUUGCUCUCACUCAGCCUCGAGCCAUGAUGGAGGAGGGAGAUGAUUUACAGUCGUGUAUGAUCUGCGUAGCGCGGCGAAUCACGGCGGUUGAGAGGACGGAGAGAUUCAGCACUCGCCAUGAGCUCUCUGGUAAGCUGAUUGAAAUUGAACAUCAGAGCGCUCUGCACACCUCGAUGCUGCCGGGGUGGGAAGACCUGGUGCGGCGCUGCAUGCAGAUGUUUCUUAACAGGAGCGAAGGACAGCCGUGGUCGUACAAACGCCACUAUCAGGACGCUUUCCACAACGGACACUCAGAGACGCCUCUCUAUCGCUUCUCCCUCUCUGACGGGACGCCAGUCACCGCCCGGACACGGACCGAGCUCUGCAGGAAUCCCAACACGAAUGAGCCGCUCUCUUUCCUCUCCACUCACCUGCUGCAAAGGGAGCACAGUGCUUAUCGCGGCGCACAGAGCGGCCCCAUGAGGCCUCAAAACAUGGGCGUGAACAACCCCAGCCAGCAGAUGAACAUGGGUCCAGGGGGGAACAUGGGCAUGAACAGGGGCUACGGCAUGGUGGAACACGGCAACAUGCCGCAAAGAGGAGGCCCCCCGUACUCCGUCGGCGGCCGCAUGAAUCCCAUGAACCAGAUGAACCACAUGCACCAGAUGAAUCAAAUGAAUCCCAUGCAUCAGAUGAACAACAUGGGUCAGAUGAAUCAGAUGAAUUCCAUGCAUUCGAUGAACACAAUGAAUCAAAUGGGGUCCAUGAACCAGAUGAAUCCGAUGGGCCAUCACGGCAUGCAGCAGCAGCACCAGCAGCAGCAGCAGAUGAGCCAGUUCCAUGGAGGUGGAGCGUACGGGAUGGGUAUGACCAGUCCCACUCAAGCCAGUCCAGGGAUCAACGGGCCACACAACGUCAUGGGUUCACCCAGAGUCCGAGGAAGCCCCAAGACGGGCGCCAGUCCCUUCUCUCCUGGAGCUUUAAACUCCCCCAUGAGCUCAAGCCAUACUGGGAACUCUGGAGGCGGAACAGGAGGAGCCAGCUACUCCAGCAGCUCCUUAAACGCCCUGCAAGCCAUCAGCGAGGGUGUCGGGAACCCGAUGCCCCCAUCACUCACAUCGCCGCCGCCACAAAAGCCUGACAGCUCCCCGAGCAUAAACUCCACCAAUCAGGCAGCAGGCGGCCCCUGUAAAGCAGGCCCCCCGCCAUAUUCAGAAUCCAAGAGCCCGGGCAGCUCGUUGGGGGGAGAUCAGCAGUCACAGCAGCAGCACCCACACACCCCAACCGCCGAGGGCCCUCCGGACCGGCCGGACAGCCAGGCGUGCCUCGGAGCCGGAGACUCCAACCGGCGGGCCCCCGACAAGUGCAACAAGAAGCUCCUGCAGCUUCUCACCUCUCCAACAGACGAACUGGUGCAGCCCAAUCAGACGCUCGGCUCGGCGCCCGCUUCCAUGACCGACGCCAAGGACGGGGCCCCCGGCGUCACCAGCCCGUCCUCGACAACGGGAGUGUCGUCCUCCACCAACGGGAAUCACGGCGCCGUGACGUCGUCCGGGGCAACGAGCCAGUCGCUGCAGGAGAAACACAAGAUCCUCCACAAGCUGUUGCAGAACGGGAACACGCCCGACGACGUGGCCCGCAUCACGGCCGAGGCCACGGGCAAGAGCAGCCUGGACGCGGGGACGCCGGAGCCGGGGCCCGCCGGAGCCGCCGGCGGGAAGGGACCCGAACCCAAGAAGGAGCAGCACAGCCCCAAAAAGGAGAAGCCCCGCCCCCUCCUUCAGUACCUUCUCAAUAAAGACGACUCUAAGGAAGGAGGCGACGUGAAGCCAAAGCUGGAGGAUUUGGACAGGAGAGGAAGCAAGGCGGGCGGAGUCAGCAGCUCGGGCCCUCACUCCAUGGAUGGGAAGGUGAAGCUGGAGCCGACUGAUGAGACGGAGACUCUGGAGACCAUACUGGGCGUUCCACGGAGCAACUCCGGAUUCUAUCCUGAGCCAGACUCCAGAGCCGGGAAGGAGACGGGAAACAAGCCGGGAGCCAUGUCUGACGCUCUACUUGAUGGGGAAAGAGUCCCAGGCCUGGCAGCGCAGCGCGUGCCUUUCCAGAGAGCCCUGUCCCUGGAUGCUAAGCCCAUGGAUGGAGAGAUGGCAGCUGGAGGUGGAGGACUGGCGACGAGACAGAACGUCCCCUGUCCAUCGCUGGUUAAACAGGAGAACAUGGAUCCUUCCAUCCGACCCGGACCAGUGCCCAACGGCUUCCCCGGAGGCAUGGGCGUGUGUCCACCCCGAGGAAACGCAACAAGAGGAAUGGGCAGAGGUAUCCAUCAGCGCCCUCCGAUGGCGGUUCCAGGGGAGUGGGGGAUGCAGAGGCCCAACAGCAACCCUGUGACUGGACCUGGACAUCCGGGCAUGGCUCGUCCGGGCCAGAUGGGAUUGCCCAUGAUGAACCGCUCCAACAGUGUCCCUGCGAACCCCAGAUCGAUGCUGCAGCAGCAGCUCAUGGAUAUGGGUAAUAAUGAAGGUGGCAUGGCCAUGAGUCCGUUUGGUGGAAACGGCCCUCCUCCUCAGUCUCCCUCCUGGCCUGACACCCCCAUGGGGAUGGACAGACCGCAAAAUUGUGCAAACAGGGACACGUUUGUUCAUCCCCUGGAGGAGCUGCUGGGGACUCUGCCCAGUAAUGAUGGGCCAACUGAUGAAAGAGCUCUUCUGGACCAGCUGGACUCUCUGCUCAAGACCGCUGAUGUCAUUGCUCUGCAGGAAAUAGAUCGAGCCCUGGGGAUCCCUGAAAUAGUGGGCCAGGCCCAGGGACCCGAAGGCCCACAGCCGUGCCCGGAUCAGGUCCAGGGCUCAUGCGUCCCGUCAGAACCCUUUCCAGGCCACGACUCCUCGAUGAGCUUGGACCAGAAGCCAAUGUAUGGCCAGGCUUACCCGGGCCCCCAGUCGAUGGGAAUGCAGCCUGGUUACGCAGGUAGCUCGAUGCAGGGCCAGUCGCCUGGCGGCUUCAACCCCAUGAUGAGUCAGAUGGGCCAGACAGGAGGCUUCCCUGGCAUGGCGAGCAUGGGGGCCAUGGGCAACCCCCGCGCAAACAUGCAGCGGCCUCGCAUGAUGACCGCCACCAAGCCUCUCCGACUGCAGCUGCAGCAGAGACUACAGGGACAGCAGUUUAUGAACCAGGCCCGACAAGGCAUGAAAAUGGAAAACGUCCCUGGAGGAAACCCCGCCAUGCGCUCAGCCAUGCAGCCCGCCAUGCAGUCAGCAGGGAUGAGUGGUCAGCCGGGUUUCAUGAGUGCCCAGAUGAUGGCUCAGCGCAACAGGGAAAACAUGAUGAGGAGGCAGAGGAUGGUGAUGAUCAUGCACCAACAGCAGCAGCAGCAGCAGCAGCAACAGCAGCAGCAACAGAAUCAAGCGGCGGCAGGAGGCUUCAGUCCUCCUCCUAACGUCACAGCACCUGGGGGCAUGGAGAGCCCCAUGGCAGGGCCCCCAAUGAAUCAGGCCGGGCAGCAGGGAUUUAACUACGCAAGCAACUACGGGAUGAACCAGCAGGGGGACUCGACAUUCAUGGCUCCCGGCAGCAGCCCGCCGGGGAACAUGAUGCAAGGCCGAAUGGGGGGGCCUUCACAGAAUGCCAUGAUGGCGGGGAUUCAGGGGAAUCCCCAGGGAGGGCACAUGUACCCGUCUGGAGACAUGAAAGGCUGGCCACAGGGAGGAAUGCAGAGAAAUAACCCUUAUCCUCAGCAGCAGUUCCCACAGCAGGCUAACCAGGGCCAGUUUGGACCCAUGAUGAUGAACCCCACAAUGAGUGGACCCGGACCAGUCAGUGGCCCAGCAGCAGGACAGAUGGCUCAGAUGCAAGGCCAGAUGGGGAUGAACCCAAUGGGGAUGAACAGGCUGCCAAUGGGACCCGAUCCGAAGUUCUGCUGAGGACCUGUGGCGGACUCUUCCAGCUGGGACAGGACGCCCCAGACGGUAGAUAACCUACCCCCAGCCCCCACUCCUUUUUCUUGCUAAAGAAAGUAAGAAACGAUGACUUAGAAGCCUGGGUACAGUCAGGUAACGUGGGACUGUACUGCAAUAAAAGAAGUGGGCCACAGAAACUGCUUUGUGCGAAACGUUUUAUUCCAAGUCGGAGCCUUGGAAGCACAAAAUCGACCCGCGUCUGUUUGGGCGGCUGACCCGGAGCCGCCGGGCAGUAUACAGCGCCGCAGCCAGGAUACAGAACAGGACUAUGGUACGACUGGCUGCGGCUGCACUUUACCAUUAAGCCUCCUUGUUUCUGGAGGGGAGGGGGAAAAGUGGGGAAAAAAAGCAAAAAAAAAAAAAAAAAAAAA